AGGCAAAAACCAGAUCGUGAAGAAGCCAAGCUCAAUCGCGUAUAGCCCAAGCCUCAGCGGUAGCUGGAUUGCACACAAAUUGAACCGAGCGCGCGGAGUGUUAAGCUUCAAGAUGUCGACCGUGGGAGGGAUCCAUCGACGACGAGCAUGCUCGCUGCUUCUAGGUAAGUUAUGAACUUGAGCCCUAUCAUUCUUCACGUCAGCUGAUUUAAACUGAGAUAAAUAGAAUUCAAUCCACACCCUCAAAUCUUCCUGCACAUCAAAAGUUUAAGAGGAUCGAAUCUAACAGCAAAAGCGAAGCAGAGAUCGGCGGGGGAUUCACUGGCCGUUAGCCGCCAUGUGGAGAACUGAACUAGACGACGAAGGAAUUUGGAAAUCUGCAGAGCCCUGUCGAUUUGAAGGAGAAAUGACCGAGUUUGGAACUGGACAAGGACGAUGGCAUUGCCAUUGACAUUGAGCUGAGAGCUUGCCAAAUGUUAUAAAUCCGUUCUGUUUGCUAUGGCGUCUUUGCUAUCCCGUACUUCGCGCAGGUCUCUGUCCUCUCUCUUUCUUCAUCGUGAAUUCCUCAAUCUCUUCUCCAGUCUCGACGCGCCAAUUUCGUACUCCAGAGCUAGUUUAGUUUCCAAUUUAUGGUGUACUCGGUCGGAUUUUGCUCGCGAAAAUUUAAUUCGAGAUUUUAGAUUUGGAUUCAUUCAUGGUUUAUCUACGUCUUCGGAUUUAAAGGACAGUUCCAACCCUCGUGGUAGUGUUACGAAUGAUGAAAAAAUUCAAGCGAAAGUUGAGAUGUCCUGGAUUUCUUUGUAUUUGCCCAAAAAGGCUCAGCCCUACGCUCACCUUGCGCGGCUCGAUAAACCCAUUGGGACGUGGUUACUUGCUUUGCCUUGUAUGUGGUCAAUUACCUUGGCGGCAUCUCCAGGCCAUUUACCUGAUUUUAAAAUGCUGACUCUAUUUGGAUGUGGGGCUUUGCUUUUGAGGGGUGCUGGGUGUACCAUAAAUGACCUCCUUGAUCGAGAUAUUGAUACAAAGGUUGAACGUACCAAGCUAAGACCAGUUGCAAGUGGUCAAUUAACCCCAUUUCAGGGAGUAAGUUUCCUAGGGUUGCAGCUGCUUUUGGGACUUGGAAUUCUCCUUCAACUGAAUAAUUACAGCCGCAUUUUGGGGGCAUCUUCUUUGCUUCUAGUCUUCUCCUAUCCUCUCAUGAAGAGGUUCACAUUUUGGCCUCAAGCCUAUCUGGGUUUGACCUUCAAUUGGGGAGCUUUAUUAGGCUGGGCUGCCAUCAGAGGAACUUUGGAUCCAGUUAUUGUUUUGCCACUGUAUUUUUCUGGCGUAUUCUGGACUCUUGUAUAUGACACAAUAUAUGCACAUCAGGAUAAGGAGGACGACUUAAAAGUUGGUGUUAAAUCUACUGCUUUGAGAUUUGGCGAUUCGACAAAGGAGUGGAUUACUAUGUUUGGAAUUGCAAACAUUGGCUGUCUUGCUCUGAGUGGUUACAAUGCUGAUAUUGGAUGGCCGUUUUACGCAUUUUUGGCUGCUGCUUCUGGACAAUUGGCUUGGCAAAUAUCAACAGUCGACUUAUCAUGUGGUGCUGAUUGCAAUAGAAAAUUCGUCUCCAACAAGUGGUUUGGUGCUAUAGUGUUCAGUGGGAUCUUGCUUGGAAGACUUUCAUCAUAGAAUUAUUUUUUUGGAAAUCCGAGUCCAAGUCAGCAGAUAUGUUCAAGAAACGUACGAAAGCCAGCAGUUGUUUGUACGCUAUCAUUUAACCUUUUGGUGCUACAGUGUUAAGAGGGAUCUUGUUUCGAAACCCGGUCCGAGAAAUAUAUGAAAGCCAGUAGUGGUUCUGGAAUACUUGGAGAAGUACAAUUAGGUUUUGAACCCUAUCCAAGUUCAAAGUAAGAUAGGAGGAUCCAAUAUUGCACUGCUUCUGAAUAGCGUUUGUCCUAAAAACCGAGUUCGACCCCUUAGAAAGUUUCAGGUGAUGUGAAGUAACCAGGUUACUACUAAGGGAUAAAUUUAUGGAUCAUGCUUAAUUGAAAUUCUGAAAAAACCGUAAUUCAUUUAAUGAUUUGUUUGAGUACAACAUGUGAAGGUGGGGAUUCGAACUCUUAAUCUCAGGUUGAUACGUAUGCCUUAACUUGUUUGGUUGGCUAA